AAGUUUGGCAAUGAUUUAAAUGUAGCACCUACAUGCGAGGAUAAGCUGCACCAAGUUUAUACAUGCUUGACAUGUUCAAGUUUCCAGAAGGGUGUGAGUUAAGUUUCAACACAUUAUUGUAAUUGAUGCCCCAUCAUUGGCUGUUGUCGGUCUGGUGGUGGGGGAAGUCGGUCUUUGCGAGCUAAAUCGCUGCUGGAAGUUUAUUCUCACAUCUCGGCAAUCACGAAAAUUGUUGCUUCAUUCACAUUGACUACAGAUUUACAGUCAGUCAUACUUGAUCGUCAUUUCAGUGACGAAAUGCACAACACCCAUCUCAUUGUGAUGGUGCUGGUAAUUUGGGCAUCGUUUGAUAGCUGUUUGUUGGCGGUGGAGGGGAUGGAUUACCUGGAGUUCCGGUGCCAGGCGAUUUGUCAGACGACAGACACCGACCAUCAGUGCAACCAUUGCCGGUCCCGGCUGCCGAUCCGGUUCGGCAAACGCAACACCAUUCAGUUCCAGCUGAGGACGCAGCAGCCGGCACCUUGCUGCAGUGAGGUGCCGCGGCUGCUCACCCUACUGCUGCAGCAUGCUAGCAGCUUGGUGCAGAAGUCGUUUCCCAAUAACGACCGACAGGAUGGACUACAGUUUCAGCUCGAGUACAAAUAAAAACAGUGACUAGUGUUGGGGAGGUUGCAGCUGUAGUGAGGUCCAAGUUAUAAUGGCAGUAUUUAAUUAACAUUUGUGUUUAAUUAUUAAUUCUAGGGUAGCAACACUAUAGAUUUCUCUGGCUUUAAAUUUAUCAUGUUUUUUAAUAUUUUCCAAUGUAUUAAUGCAUUUUCAACAGUAAUAAUUUAUUGCUUCACCUUUCUAAUUAACACAUAUACAAAAUGCUGUUUAGUAUACUGUAUAUUUUAAAUGUAAAUUUGAUAUGACAACCUCAUUUAGACUAUUUUUAUCGAAAUUAGGGGAGAAACAGUUUUGGGUUUACAAAAUCAAAUUAAUGAUUGGGAGGGAAUCAACAGGAUAAACUAAAACU